AUGGUCCGCCUCAAAAGCCGCUACCUCCUCAUCGACAUCCUCUACCCAGACCCAUCAACCUGGCCCUCAACACCAACCUCCAAACCCCCCAACCCCCAACUAGCAAUCCACUCCCCAACCUCCGACACCCUGACACCGGGCUUCCUGGCCAAGAUGAUCCGCGAGUCCGUCGCCGAACUAUACGGUGACUGGGGAAUCGGCAAGCUAGGUGGUGCCUCAGCCAGUGGUAUAACAAUAAAAUACCUUUCGCCCGCAACAUCAACAGCAAUAAUCCGAUGUCCCCGCGCUGCUUUCCGCCUCGUCUGGUCUGCGCUUACUUACAUGUCCGGCGUGCCGGAACCGGGACAGAAGCGCGCGGGGACGGGUCGUGAACGCGGGUGUGUAUUUCGCGUUUUAAGAGUUUCUGGGACUAUGCGCAAGGCGGAGGAGGAGGCUAUUCGACGGGCGAGGAGGGAGAUUGUAAGGGUUAAGGAGGCAGAGGAGAGGGGGGUUCUUGGGGGACUUGCUGGUGGGGAAAUCGCUGUUGUUGAUUCUGUUAUGGAUGUGAGUGAGGAUGAGGGGAUGGAUGAUUGA